UCUGCCAGUCUCUGUGGAACAAAGACGCCAGACAGAUAUUCGUUUCUUAGAGCAACAACACCUGCAACAAUGUCGACCCUAAGAUGCUCUCGUGCACUCAUUGCAGGAGCUACUGUGUUGAGAAAUGUUGCCAAACAACAGAUUUGUUGCUCGACAAGAAGAGUGAAGAAAGAAGACGCUGGGAGAGGAACGGACCUGGCGCCCUCAGGUGAGACCAGGUUGCCGCAGCAGCAUCGGUCGGCGCUGUGUUAGUCUAGCCUCCUCUGCCAGGCAACAGGCCGAGGUUAAGGAGUCAAACAAAGCAGGAAUCAAAGCCGUGGCCUCUGCGGCUAAGGACAUCGAAACUCUUCACGUCCAAUUCACCGACGGCAGUAGUAGCGAGAUGCCGUACGUGUGGCUGAGAGAUAACUGCCAGUGUGACCAGUGCUUCAGCGACGGCGCCCUUGGCAGGAAGCUACUCAUGCAGGACAUCGAUGUGGACGUGCAUGCAGUGGGCGUGAAGGAGAGCGCCGGAGGGGUCACGAUCGACUGGAGCGACGGCCACCAGAGUGCGUUCGACGGCGAGUGGCUUCACGAGCGAGCCUUCUCGCCCACUGCGCGAGCCCGCCGCCGUAAUCAGUUCGCGUUCGCUAGGGAGCCUUGGGGAGCUGACCACAUCAUGGCUGAGUACGACUACAACACGCUAAUGAAGGACGACAAGGUGCUGCUGGACUGGCUCACCACGAUGGAGAAGAAGGGCUCGGCCAUGGUCAAGAACGCCCCCGACAGAGACAUCGCCGGACCCGAGCUCAUCGAGUACAUCGCCUACGUGAAGCCCUCCCACUACGGGCCUCAUUCUCCUGUGAUUAACCGGCCGAAUUCGAAUAACGUGGCCUUCACAAAUGCCAAGCUCGGAAUGCACAACGACCUCGCCCAGUACGAACACAUGCCCGGGAUCAUCUUCAUCCACUGCGUGAAGCAACACAUCGGCACCGGCGGAGAGAGCGUUGUUUCCGACGGACUUUACGCCGCGGAAAUCCUGCGCAAGACGAACCCUGAGGCCUUCAACAUCCUCACCUCCACCGACGCCUACUUCUGGGACAAGGGGCAGGCCAACUACAGCUGGGAGAUGCCCGAGUUCUAUAAGAUCUCCAGGCAUCCCAUCCUUACGUUGAACAGCAACAAGGAAGUUUGCCGCGUGUCUGUGAACAACGCAGUGCGAGACUCUUACCUCGACCUCCCUGCCCAUCGAGUCAAGGAAUUCUACGCUGCCAUGAAACUUUACAACGACAUCUUGUACGACAACUCCCUCUCCUUCAAGAUGGACACAGGUGACAUGAUGACCCUGGACAACGUGCGCUGCCUCCACGGCCGCGAGGGCUACGAGGCCUUCAGUGAGCGCCACAUCGAGUCUUCGUACCUGGACUGGGACGAGGCUCGCUGCCGCCGGCGCCGCCUGCAGGAGGAGUUCGGUGUUGCAGAUUUGAAAUGAAAUGAAAAAUCUUUUUGCUUUGGGAAAACUAAGGGCAACUAGCAUUUUUUGCGUUUAUCUUUUGAUCUAUAUUAUUAUUUCCUUGUAUUAUUUAUGAUAUGUGCUUCUGUACUUUGCAAUAAAAUUCAUUCAUAUAUUC